AUGGAUACCGAUUGCCCCUCCUCCGACCCAAUGUACUACGGCGGAGCCUCUGCCUGGGCUUACGAGGCCUACGAUGCAUCCAUUGGGAUCUCGACUGCACCAUUCGGUUCGGAUCCUGUCAUCCUAUCCGAUUUUGACCCUUCCUUCGAAACUGCGUGGCCCACACAAGACGUAGAGCAAGGAUCGUCACCAUCCUCGGUUCAGAGUUCGCUCGGACGUGCUCCUUCUUCGAACACCAGUUACAAUGAAUACGAUAAUGUGGAUCCAUUUCCGGAGACUUCGUCACCUAGAAGCGCCGUAUUCGAUAUCCGGACACAGUCACCCACGUCCAUACUUUCGGGACUUACUCAGCGAGGGCAGAACGAUGCCAUGUAUGAUCUGGGCGGGUCUAUAGCAACGCUUGCGGCUCCCAGAAAUAUCACCCCAACCGACCCGUUCAGGUGCCCAGAAGGCUGCCAGAAAAAGACCUUUGGGCGACAAUACGAGCUGAAUCGACAUAUCAUCGAGCAACACCGAUGCCCGCAUGAGGACUGCAAAGAUGUUCGGUUUUCCACCUCAAAGGAGAAAAGGGAACAUGAGGGGCGUCACAGCGAAGGCGGACUAGGAUACAAGUGUGGGACAUGUUUACUGAACGGCGUCUCACCAAAGUCACUUUCGAGGGGCGAAAAGCUGAAGAAACACUUCAAGGAGACGCAUAGCACUUCGAAUGACUUCGACUUCCGAGACUUUCAAUGCAUGCAAGAAUCUUGUUGUCUCAGCAAGGCAUUUGGAGGCAUAUUUUUCGCCUCCCAGGCAGAAUUAAAUGAGCAUCAAAGGCUGAAUCACACGAACGUCCCGUCUCUGCUGGAACUGCCCAAGGGCGUGACAGAGGAUAUAUCUUUGAUGCAUUCUGCCCCAACAGCAGACGAGCGAUCGCUCAGUCAUGCUGGAAAACGUCCUCUCAAUUCGACUUCAGGAUCAGAGGCAAAACGAUGGAAGUCCAAAGAGACCGAAGUUGCCACAAACCCAUCCGAGGCAUAUCAAGAUACUCCAUCGUUUGUCGCACCCGCCGCGAUCGCCCCCAUCUCCCGUUCUGCUAGUUUGGGUCAUAAAGACGUGUUGAUGCAAGACCGCCUAACCCAGAUAUUUGGCUCCAAUGAAGGCACCACGCCAAAGACGGGCGAUCCGCAGUCGCACAGUCAUGUCGAAGAGACGUCAAACCUGUCUGUAGUUGAGUUGCAGGCGCUUAUUAAGCAACAGAAGUGGAAAUCCCUACUCUUAGAUCUGAGCUCUCUAUCGAUAACCCCGACAUUUGAUUGCAAACAGGGCGCGGUCAAGUUGCGGGGUACUUGCACUUCUCAGAUGGAAAAAGGAAAGAAACUGCUUGAAGACUUGAUCAACGGCUUGCGAUCGACGGCGAACCACAGCAACGUAUCUGGCAUUGCGACAUACCCGAUGAGGAAGGCAGCCUCACAGCAAGUAUCCGUCCUCCCUCAGCCCGAGAUCUUCGCCCUCGACCCAGAAGAGAACGCAGAUCUGCUAUCCUUAUGGCACGAGCAGCUUCUCCCACAAUUUCCUACGAUGGUGCGAGACGCAAUGAUCGAGGGGAGUUACUCAGUGACCCUCGUCCGCCAGAAGGUCUCCGACUGUCUGUGUCCUGUCAUUCGGUUUCGGAGCUCCGGAAAUCAGAGCGACGCCUCCAGAAAACUCAUCCGAGACAGGGUGCAAGAAGUAUGUGUCAGAUAUGCAACCCCCAUUCUACAAGUUCAGUUCACCGAAGGCACCCUUGUGCGUUUGGUGGGAGGGUCCACUAGUGUUUCGGUGCUAGAUGAUCCUCCGAUCGACCAAAGAUUUCCUCAUCAACGGCGGCCAUGGGGUACUCCGGGCAUGGGGGCAUCCAUUGGGCUCAGCCGCUGUCCGCAUGUAUCCGCGACUUUAGGCGGUUAUAUUUCCGCCGAUGACAGGAUAUACAUGCUCACCGUGGAUCACUUCAUUUCCGAAUGUCAGUGCGAGAUCACUAGCCAUGUGCGGUCUCCGUCCAUCAGCGACAUCUACAGCGUCAGAUUUCACCUCGGGAAAAAGCUCCAAGAGCUCGAUCGGAGGGUCGUGCAAUCUGCUCCGGACGAGGUGCCACUGGAUCAAGUUGAGGAACUGUUAUUUCCUACAGAUAUCGACGAAGAGGUAGAGCAAUACAGACGUGUCGAACGAGAAUUGGAUGACAAUGAGACUGGAUUCGCCUUGGGCAUGGUUCGUGUCCGAUGUGGGGAUGGGCAGCUCCCAUUGAGGCCGUCCGCAGAUCCGCGUUUAAUCGGGGUGCACCAUCGAAUGGAUUGGUCUUUGUCUGAGAUCACCGCCAGGCACAGGAAAGGGAAGAACAUUCACAGGUACGGUCGGACCGCUGAGCCUAGACUUGAGGACCUGCAGAACGAAGUCAUCAGAGCAGCAGGAGCUGGAACCCCGUGUACCACCAUUGAGGGAGUGAUGGGAGGCGAGUCUGUAUACUAUGUCGGCACCACGAGUGGUCUUCGCGAGGGCUUCAUCAAUCCGGCACGUGUUCAAUUCUCAGAUGAAUUCGGAAUCUCUGAGGAGUGGGCCAUGGUAGUGCCAAACUGCGAACGCUUGCGGGACUGCGACUUCCAAGGGGACUCUGGUGCCUGGCUGAUCAGCAACGACAAUACGCUGUUAGGACUACUGUGGGGAUGGGACAACGGCAAUCUUCUCUUCACGCCCAUCCACGAUGUAUUCGCCGAUAUCAAACAAAAGAUGAACAGCCAGCAGAUCAGGCUCCCGGACGACUCAACGCCGCGAUCUGGACGCCAAGGAUCCCUUCUCUGCCGCAGGAGUUUCCCGAAGUUACGAGAACCCUCACCAGAGAGGUUCAGGCGCACAUUCCCUACGGAAUUUUCCAGUCCUCCGCGCUUGCUGCCUCCGAUCAGCAUGGAUGAGAAGCGUUGGCGAAGACGGAGCUCCGGAGCUAGCAGUACGUGGUCCAUGACUUCGACUCCGAGCCUCCUAUCCUCAGCAUCUUCUUCCGCCGACGAGCUCAGUCCGCGCGUUGGUACACCUCAAGAUCCUGUGCUACUCCCAAUUCGAACCAAGGCCCGUACCCUCCCUAGUAUCGGAUCUGGGGAGGAAUGGGUCUGCGUUCAUCCUAACGGAGACCUCAUUGAGGAGAAGUUUUCGGCUCUAGAACUGGCAGAAGACGUUAGCGACGCCAAUCUCCAGCCCACAGCUGCAUAA